AUGACCAUUUUACAAUAUUACCGAAAGGUACACAAUUUACCGAUUCGGGAAUUAAAUAAAGUUUCACAUCUCAGACUAAUAUCGAAUGAUAUAUGUGAUGUUCAAAUUGAGCAAUGUUAUUACAUAGAUGUUGGUGAACAUACAAAUUUGUCUACAGAUGAGUUAAGGAAAUUAGAGUGGUUGUUAAUGGAUCCAUUAGAUCAAACAGGAUUGUCUCAAAAUAAAUGUUUGGAAAAAAAAAGCAAUAGCAUUUUGAUUGAAAUUGGCCCUAGGUAAAUAUAACUAUGUAUUUAUUUAUUAUUAAUUAUUCUACAAUAAUAUUUUGGUAAUUUAUUUACUUUAAGGUUGAAUUUUUCAACACCUUUUUCAAGCAAUGUUUUAUCAAUUUGUAAAUCAAUCAAUUUGAAUUUUAUAAAACGCCUAGAAAAAUCAACUCGUUAUUUAAUUAUAUUUUUGAAUGACAAGUUAACAACUGAAUUAAAUGAUCAGGUUAGAAUAAAAAAAAAAAAUUAAGUUUGUUAUAAAUAACUUUUAUUUACUCAUUCAUAAAUUAGAUUCUUUAUAACAUCAUUUUUAUAGUUAACUAGUACCUUAUAUGAUAAAAUGACAGAGACUAUAUAUUCGUCUCCUUUGCAAUCAUUUAAUAGUAAAGAUAUAAAAGAGAGUUGGUAUGAAGUUGAUAUACUUGGUAGAGGCAUUGAAGCUAUGAUAGAAGUCAAUAAAAAACUUGGUUAGUAAAUUUGAAAUUACUUUUUUGUAUUAGUAAGUAUUAUUUUAUGGUUCCAUUUUCUAUAUUAUUAGUAUCUAAUAUAAUUAUAAUUUUAUCUGUGUUUAAGGAUAUUAACCAAAAUGUACAAAAAUUAACAACCUAGAAUGAAUUAAUAAAAUAAAAUAGGUAUUUGCCUAUUAUUUAAUUAAUUUGUUAUAUUAUAUUAUUUACUUUUAAAAUUAUAGGUUUGGCAUUUGAUGAAUGGGACAUUGAAAACUAUACUAAAAUGUUUUUAAAAUCAAAUCGAAACCCAACUACUGUGGAGUGUUUUGAUUUAGCUCAAUCAAACUCUGAACACAGCCGUCAUUGGUUUUUCAAGGUAUUUAGGAUGUUUUCCUAUUUUCUUGAUGUAUUAAUUUAAUUUCUUUAUAGGGCGAGUUAAUUAUAAAUGGAGAGUCUAUAAAAAACUCAUUAUUGGACAUGAUUAUUGAAACGCAGCAUUUUUCUAACCCUAAUAAUGUUAUAAAAUUUAAUGACAAUAGCAGGUUUGUAUAAAUUAAUUAUUAAUUAAUUUGUUGUUUAUUUAAUUUUUGUUGCACAUUUUAGUGCUAUUAAUGGAUUUAAGGUUAAACAAAUAAAACCAUUAAUGACAACUGGACCUAGUUCUUAUACCUCUGAAUUAUUAAAUUUAAAUUUGGUUUUUACCGCAGAAACUCACAAUUUUCCAACUGGAGUUGAACCAUUCAGGUAUUUUAUUUAAAAGUUAUUUAAGAAAAAGUAGAAUUUAUAUAACUAUGUUCUUUUAUAUAUAGUGGAGCAUCAACUGGUACUGGGGGAAGAAUUCGAGAUGUGCAAGCUGUAGGAAGAGGUGGAUUUUGUAUUGCUGCCUCUGCAGCUUAUUGUGUAGGCAAUUUAUCUAUACCUGGUAAAUUAUUAAUAUAUAUGUAUUUAUAUAUAAGUUCAAAUUUUUACAAAAUUAAAUGUCACUUUGAUUCAUGAGGAUUGUUAUAGUUAAUAUUUUAAUAUUUAGUUUUAUAGCACAUAGUCUAACUACAUUUCUACAAAAAGUUUAAAUAACUUUAAUUUAUAUUUUGAUUACAAUUAUUGAUUUAAAUUAUAUAAAUAUUUCAGGUUAUAAUUUACCAUGGGAAGACAAAUCAUUUAUCUAUCCUACUAAUUUUGCAAGUCCUCUUCGAAUACUUAUUGAAGCUUCUAAUGGUGCUUCAGAUUAUGGAAAUAAAUUUGGUGAACCUGUAAUUUGUGGUUUUGUUCGUUCAUUUGGUUUGGUAGUAAAUAAUGAACGUCGUGAAUGGAUCAAGCCUAUUAUGUUUACUGGUGGAUUGGGUACAAUGUUGGCAGAGUACACUAAUAAAAUUGCACCGUAUGAAGGACUACAGGUUGUAAAAAUUGGAGGGCCAGUUUAUAGAAUUGGUUUAGGUGGAAGUUCAGCAAGUUCAUUUGAAGUUCAAGGAGUAAAUAAAACUAGUUUAGAAUUUGAAGCUGUGCAAAGAGGUGAUCCAGAAAUGGAGCAAAAAAUGAAUCGAGUAGUUAGAGCUUGUAUUGAAAAUCCAGGUUAUAACCCUAUACUAAGUAUUCAUGAUCAAGGUGCGGGUGGAAAUGGUAAAUAAUAAAACAAAACAGUUACAUUUUAUAUUAUAUUUGUUAUAUAUUUCUCUUCUUUCUAGGAAAUGUAUUGAAAGAAAUUGUAGAACCAGCUGGUGCUAUCAUUUAUGCUAAUAAAUUUGAACUUGGUGAUCAUACAAUAAAUUCUUUAGAGCUUUGGGGUGCUGAAUAUCAAGAAAAUAAUGCUAUUCUUUGUGAUAAAAAAGAUUUAAAAAUGUUAAACAAAAUUUCCAUAAGAGAACGGUGUCCAGUUUUACCUGUCGGUAUUGUUACUAAUAAUGGGAAGGUAAACUAUGUACAAUUUUUUUUUUUUAAAUAUCAAUAUUAUUUCAGCAUUAAAAUGUAUCAUUGAAAAAAACCUUUAAUUAAUGCUAUUUUAACUUUGCAAAUUGAAAAUAAUUAAUUUGAUAUUGUUCUAGGUUAUUUUAACCGAAGAUGAUAAUUUUAUUUCUGAAAAUGGCAACCAUCCAGUUAACUUGGAUCUUGAUAUGAUAUUAAGUAAAGUACCUCGUAAAGUUUUUAGUCAGUCAUGGCAACCAAAAACAAAUUUACCCAUUAUAUUACCUAACCUAACUGUUGUUGAUGCAUUGGACAGAGUAUUAAAACUUCCAUCUGUAGCUAGUAAAAGGUAUUUGACAAAUAAGGUUGAUCGUUCUGUAACUGGGCAAAUAGCUCAACAACAGUGUGUUGGCCCAUUGCAUACACCACUUAGUGAUGUUGCUGUUACUGUCAUUUCAUUAUUUGAUACGGUAAAAUUAUUGUUUAAGUGGUACCAUUUAUGAUUUGUAACAUUUUAUUUUAUUUUAAAUUUAAAGGUUGGAAUAGCUACUUCAAUUGGUGAACAGCCUAUUAAAGGAUUACUUAGUGCUGAUGUUGGAGCUAGAAUGGCAGUAGCUGAAUCAUUGACAAAUUUAGUAUUUGCUCCUAUAUCAUGUUUAGAAGUAUAGAUAAUUUAUAUUCUGUAUUAUAAUUAAACAUUAUAUUAAUUCUCUAUUAUUUAUAAUCAUAGGACGUUAAGUGUAGUGGCAAUUGGAUGUGGCCGGCCAAAUUACCGGGCGAAGGAGCAGAAUUGUUUUACGCAUGUAAAGCUAUGUGUGAGGUAAUGAAACAACUUGGUAUAGCUAUUGAUGGUGGCAAAGACUCUUUGAGCAUGGCAGCUAAAGUUGGUGAAGUAAAUAUUAAAGCACCUGGUAAUAACUAAUAAGUUUAUAUUAUUAAAUUUUAAUAUUAUUAAUUUGUAUUGUUUUUUAAAUUAUAAAUUAUAUUAGGUUCUAUAGUCAUCUCAACAUAUGUACCAUGUGUAGAUGUGAGAUUAGUUAUUACUCCUGAUCUUAAAGGACCAAGACAGAGUCAUGAAAAUAGAGAAGAAAGCUAUCUUGUAUUUGUAGACUUAUCUGGUGGUCUGCGACGACUCGGUGGGUCUGCUUUGGCACAAUGUUAUGGACAACUGGGCAAUAGUGCACCAGAUUUGGACGAUCCAAACAUGUUAAAAAAAGCAUUCAAAACUAUUCAAAAACUAAUUAAAAGUAAAAAUAAUAUAAAUUCUUAAUUAAAUUAAUUUAAUGCAAUAAAUUAAUAAGAACAAUUAUUUUAGGUCAAAAAUUAUUAUCUGGUCAUGAUAUAAGUGAUGGUGGAUUAAUAACAUGUCUCUUAGAGAUGGCUUUUGGUGGAUAUUGUGGAUUUCAUGUUGAUUUGAGCAACAUUAAACAUGCAUCUUGUGUUAACAAUAUAGAAAUAUUAUUUGCAGAAGAAUGUGGUUGGGUUUUAGAAGUUGAUGUCAAAUAUAUAGAUGAAGUUCUCUUAGAACUAGAUACACUUGCAUAUGUAAUUGGACGCACUUCGACUUAUGGCAACCAAUCUCGUGUAUGGUUAUGUAAAUUAUUUUACCUAGUAUUUUAAAAGGAUAUCAGUUUUGAAUACAUAUAAUAAUUUAACAGUUAAAUAGUUAUAAUAAAUAAUUUCAUUGUACAAUUUAUUAUUAAUUUAUAUUAUUUUUUAAUUUUUUAGAUUAUAGUAGAAAAUUCUGGAACAGUUAUACUUGAUGUUAAACUAACUGACGUUUUCAAAAUGUGGGAGCGGACAAGUUAUGAAUUGGAAAAAAUUCAGUCAAAUGUCUUGACAGCUGAAGAAGAAUUUAAAUCAUUAGAAAACCGAAUAGGACCCAUUUAUUAUUUUAAUUUUGAAUUAAAUAAACCUUUGGUUAUUCCAGGUAUAUUGUAUUACUUAUUGAUUUUAUUUAUUUGUUUAUUAUUUAAUAUUUAAAUUGGUAAAUAUUUAUCUAUUAUUUAGAUUAAUUAUUAUUAAUUAUUAUUAGACGUAUCAUUGAAAGUGGCUGUUAUUCGAGAAGAAGGAACAAAUGGCGAUCGUGAAAUGAGUGCUGCUUUAUUUAUGGCUGGGUUUGAAGUAUGGGAUAUUACUGUCCAAGACCUCUUAAAUGAGACUGUUGAUAUUUUACAAUUUAAAGGCCUAAUUUUUCCCGGAGGUUUCAGUUAUGGAGGUAUAAUAGUUAGAUUAAUUAUUUAAAAACAUAAAUUUAAGUUUAAAAUAAAAAAUGUCAACACAUAUGCAUAGCUGUUUAAAUGUUAUCUAAAAUUAAUUUAAGUUGUUUCACCUAAACACAUUUCUGUAAAAUUAUGUUGCAUAGUUUUAAGAUUGAACUAGUAUUUAAAUUCUUUUGAUUAUUAUUAUUAAAUUAAAUAUUUAGACUAUAAAUUAAUUAGUUAUUAUUCAAUUAAAUAAUAUUUGUAGAUAGGUUUUAUUUUUGUUAAACCAUCAGAAAAAUAUCACUUAAAGUUUUUACAUUAAUUCAAUAGGUAUUGAAGAAUCAGUACCUAUAGGUAAUCUGAAUCUAUUAGAUUAAUUUGGCAUUUAAUAUUAUAAGAGAGGUAUACAUUUCAUUUUCAUAUUUAAUGAAUAAUUAUAAGACACUUAAUAAAUAUGUUGCAUUAUAAUAAUUAUACUUUUAGAUGUGUUGGGAUCAGCCAAAGGUUGGGCUGCAAGUUUAGCGUUCCAUGCUAAUAUAAAAACAGCCUUGGAAAUAUUUAUGUCUAAAAAGGAUACAUUCAGUUUGGGAGUAUGCAAUGGUUGUCAACUGAUGUGCAGCCUUGGAAUAGUUGGUAAAUUAUUAUUACAAAUAAAUAUAUUAUUAUUAGUAAAUUAUUUAAACUAGUUGAAAAUAUUUUUAGUUCACUUGUAUAAGUAUUAAAUUUAUUAAAAAUUAUUUUUAGGCAAAAUGAAUGAAAACAACUCUUUAAAUAUUGAUAAUCCCCCAGUUAUAAUGUGCCAUAACAAGUCUGGAAGGUAUGAGAGUAGAUUUAGUACAAUUAAAGUAAAUCCUUCAAAAGCUAUUUUAUUCAAAGAUAUGGAAGAAAGUAUUCUUGGAGUAUGGAUUGCUCACGGUGAAGGUAAUUUUUUUCAUUAAUUUUUCAAUUUUAAAUGCAGAAAAACCGAGGUUAUUAGUAUUGUAAUAUGUUUUUAUUUUUAAAAAAUAUUAUUUCUGGUGUUUAGAAAUAUUUGUUUAAAAGUUUAUGUAUAACUUUAUAUAAUGAUAGACUUAUUAUUAGAGAUGUGAUUAACUGUAUGAUUUUCGAACUGAACUGAAUAUUGCAAUUAAUCAAACUGAACCAAAUACCCAAUUAUUCAAUGCCGAUUCUGUAUGGUCAACUAUACAAUGUUCUGUGGUGGAAUAGAGGGGUCUUGUUACGAAAAAAAAAAAAAAUUCUAUUUUUUUCACAUUUGUGUGUCUCAUAAUCAUAAAUCACAGAACCGAGCAGUUUGAGAACCUAAGUUUUUGACCUAAUCUUUUUACUUUUUUAAUGUUAGAGUUCUAUUAAAUAUUUUAAAAGUUCGGUUUAGUUCGACCUGAAAAACCGGGUUUAUAACAUCUCUACUUAUUAUUACGUUAUUAUAUCAUAGUUAACCAUUAAUUACAAUAGACAAUAUUCUAUGGUCAUUGACUAUCUAUUUUAACUAAAGUCAACAGUAUAAAUAAUAAAUAAUAAUAUAUUUAUUUAAAAAUAAAUUACAGGUCAGUUUGAAUUUCGAAAUGAAUAUAUUAAAAAUUCUCUUAUUACCAAUAAUUGUAUUCCAAUUACAUAUGUUGAUGAUCAAAAUAUGCCGACAGAAAACUACCCCAUGAACCCUAAUGGCUCUUCUGGUAAGUGAUGUAAUUCAAUUUAAAUGAACCAUUCCUAACUAAAAUAUAUUUUAAUGGAGCUUAAUUCUGACAGAAAAUAUACUGAAAAUGUGUUGAGUCAUAUUAUAUUAGCUUUAAGUUUAAUGAUAAAACACAAUGGCAUGUACAUAAUCACAACAAUUUAGCAAGACAAAUUAAGCACAUUUAAAAAAUGUGUACUGUAAUACUUACAUACAUAUGAUUAAUUCAAUUAAACAUAUAUAGUUAGAAAGUUAUUAAAUUUUGAUUUGAAAAAUAUUUAUUAUAAACAUAAGUUAACAAAUACAAAAGAAUUACGGUUUUUAAAUAUUCAAGUGAGGACAAUAAAAGUAUUAGUGAGUUUCAAAGAACUAUUAAUGUAACUAAGAAUUAAAAUAUACAUAAAUCAAAUAAAAUAUAAUUCACAAUAUGCUAAUAAGUGUAGUAUUACAGUUAACCAAAUGCAAUACCUAAAAAAACUCAAAUAAUGGUGUUUUUUUUUUUUUUUAUCAUUACCUUAAUCAAACCUAGAGGAUUGAGUCCGUUGUAAAUAAUAAUAUAUAAUAGUUAAUAAUUAUAUGUUGCUAUAAUUUUAAUAUUAUUUUUAAAUAAAUGAUAACUGCUGAUUUAUCCAGUCAGUCUACUAAAAAAUAAAAAAAUAACACCAAAUUUGAUGGAUUUUAAAUAUGAUUAAAAAUGUUUCAAUAUUUUUAUUUCCAUUAAGAAAUUGAUGUAAAAUUAAUAACUAUGAAUAAGUUUUACCUUUUUCAUAAAAAAAACUUCAUCUUCGAAACAUUGCAUAUAUUCUAAUAAAUUCAAUUGCUUUUUUUUAUAUAUAUUGAUUUAGUAUUGAAAUAUUUGAUAAUAGUUUUUAUCUAUGAUAUUGUUAUUAUUAUUAUCAUUUGUGUGUUGUUUGUCAAAUUAUUUGCAGUCCCAUAAAUACUAAGAUUUAAAUUGUUCAUUUGCAAAUUGCUAUUAUUCUCGUUUCAAGUAAUAAAAUGUGUAUAACAUCUAAUUGAAAUUAGGCAUAACAUAACUCAUAAUUAUUUUGUUAUUGUUAUACAUUUGUAUACAUGACACAUAGGUUCAAAGAGUAAUAUUAAAUUUUAGAUGUUAAGUAGAGCCAAUAAUGUAUUGUUACAGUUAUCUAGAUAAUUGUAGAUUUUAUAUUAAUUUUAAUAAUAUAAGAGAUAUUUAAUUUUAUUGUAUAUUAUAACAUUUUUGGUUUUACUAUAUUUUUUUUGUCUAAACACAAAUUUGAUCAAAAUACUUUGCCCAAUCAUCAACAUUAGACAUCCUAUAGAAAUUUGUAUCUACUUUAUGCAUUCGAGGAGUAAUUUGUUUAAAUUCCUUGUUAUUUUUUUUUUUUUAAUUUGUAGAAAAAUUGGGAAAUUGCUUUUUAAGGCCAUUCAAUUAAUAAAUGAGAUAACACAUUUAUAUGUUUUUUUAACUAAAACUAAGUAUAAAACUUCCUAGAUUUACGAUAUGUUUUAAUAGGUAUAUCAAAUUUUAACUGCAAUGACAUUUUUUUAUUUAUCAAUUAUAAUUGAUACUUAUAUUUAUUUUAUUACUUUUUUUUUUUAACGUGACAGAUUUUGUAACUUUUAUUAAUUGCAUUCAUUACAAGUUUAAAUUUACAUUCAAUGGUGAUCAUUUGAUUGUAUAACAUUACAAAAUUAUUUUUCAGUAAAUUAUUAAAUUUUUAUGAACAGUGCACAAAGAUAUGAGUACAAUUUUGAAUCGUUUUUCAAAUGUUUAUAUAUUUUUUUUAAAUUUAAAAUACCUAUAUACGUAUAAUACUGCUCCGUCCUACUGUUGUGGUAAGGAAAACAAUUACUUAGUUCAAUAACUGACAAACAAAGGCUAUUGUGUUUGUACUUCCAGUUCAAUUAAAAAAAAAAAGGAAUUAUUCUUUUUUCUUCAAUGUUUGUUCAAAAUAUGUUUAAAAUUAUCUAAUAGUAAAAUCAAAUUAUUUAUUUGUUUGUAAGGUGAUAUAAUAUAAUAUAUUUAGUUUUGUAAAAGUAUGAUUUCUAUAUAUUUUCGAUGAUGGAAUGAAACAUACAAAUUUUGCAAGGCUUAGGUAUACUAAGGAGUGUUGAAAUAUAAGAAACACAUAUAUUGUUAUUAUUUGUUAACGAAAAAUUAUAUUCAAUAAAGCUAAAAGAACAAUAUUUCGAAAAUAAAGAUUUUUUAUAUGGUUAUUUAGGUUAGGUAUUAAUUUUAUUCGGUGCAAUCUGUGUUAAUUUUCGUUAGGUGCCAUUUAUAAAAUGUAUAAACCUAUACCUAUUUUUUUAGAUUCUGUGUGUAACAAAAGUGCUAUUAGUUUUACAAAGAUGUAUUUUUUUUGGAAAAUAUUUUAUUUAGUUAAAAUGCUCAGAUUUUUGUUUGAUGAACCAUAUCAAAAUAAUUGUCCGAAAUCCCUAAUUCGAUUUAAAAAAUUGCUUUUUUUAUAUAAUUUUUUAAGACUUGGUUUUCACGUAAUUCCUCGAAAUAUUUGUAAUAUUUACCCGGGUUACUUUAUUUGAUAUAUUUACCAAUGUUUCUAAAAGUUCACUUCUAGAUCAUUAUUUUUGUUUUUUUACGACAAACAUUUUCGGUUAGCAAAAUAAUUCAAAUUAUUCGCAUCGUAAAACCCAACAACAAAUUUCAAUACCUAUAUCAAAUUUGUUUUUGUUGAUUUUUAGGUAACUUUAACAACGGGACAAAAACAUGACCAAUACUAAGUUUAGAAACAUUUUUUUUUUCGUUUGCAAUGAUUUAUCGUUACAUACAUUAUAAUAUAAACUAAAUUAGGUACCUACCUACUCUAUUUAUUUACCUUCUCAACUACCCACCCAUAACAAUGACCUACUCGUGUAAAGUAUUAACUUUAUUUUUUAUUGGAUUUCCUUUUGUAUUAUAUUUUUUAGGCGGAAUAGCAGGUGUAUGUUCAUUUGACGGCAGACACUUGGCGUUAAUGCCACAUCCAGAACGAAGUAUAUUUACGUGGCAAUGGCCUUACACGUACGGGUUGGAUGAGUCAAAAGAAAAUAAUCACGCCCCUUGGAUGCAGAUGUUUUACAACGCCUACCAGUGGUGUUCCCAAAAAUUAGUUUAA